AUGAGUCGCGCGAUCUUCGACAUCCAACCAGUGAACCGCUUCGGCGGUUCAAAUACAACAAUCCGGCGCCCCAAGGAGAUCGCGUGCUUUUCCUAUGAUCAGGAUCGCCACUUCGCCCUGGGCGAUGCAUCAAUCGCAUAUUACUACCCGCCAAGUCUGCCAGCAGAUCUGAAUCUGGGCUUUGAUACGUUUCAGAAGCUGAACGAUGCGGCUGAUGAACAUCUGGAUGCGCUCCUAGAUACCAUUAUUGCUCUGGAGAAAGAUACGGGGAAGAAGUGCGAAGCUGAUAUUGUUACUUGGCGAGGGAUGAUGACCAAGAUCUUGACUGCUCCGUUUGACAUGAUGAAUGGCUUUGAGAUGAAUGCAACCUGUUUCCAGGGCACAAUAUUUAUUGAGGAGAAUAAUGCGUACAAAAAUCAACAAAAGGAGAUCCAGCGCAACCAGAGAAUGCCCCCCGGAAUGGCCUCGCAAGAGCUGAUGAUGUAUUGGGGUUAUAAAUUCGAAGUUUUGUCGGUCCUACGGAAGCCAUGGGACUCGACGUCCCGUGCCGAGAUCGAAGGCCGACAGGACGAAGUGGUUAACAACAGCGCACAGUAUUGCUCCGUCGUCAAGACUGGCAUGGGAAGUGUGCGCAUGGUUCUCGGUGGCGAGGUUGAUGCUGUCUGGGACUGCAAGCCUGAACGAAAAGAAGACCCCAUCCACUGGGUGGAGCUGAAGACAUCCGCUGAAAUCCGCAACGACCGCGACAUGUUCAAGUAUGAGCGGAAGCUGCUGAAGUUCUGGGCCCAGUCCUUCCUGCUUGGUGUGCCGAAGAUCAUCGUUGGCUUCCGGGACCAGCAAGGCAUCGUUCAUCGCUUGGAGGAGUUGGACACGGCGAGUAUCCCUGGUAAGGUCAAGAAGGUGGGGAAAGGCUCCUGGGAUGGGAAUAUCUGCAUUAAUUUUGCGGCGGCGUUCCUUGAGUGGCUGAAGCAGACUAUCAAGACGGAUGGGACUUGGAGGAUACGGAAGCUGGAAAAAUCCCAUGUAAUUGAAGUUUUCAAGGUGGAAGAGUCCGGACACGGUGAUAUUCUUUCAGCUGCGUUUACAACUUGGCGAUCAGAAUUCGCAUCGGCGCUGAAUUGA